CGCACAGAAGUUUUCCAUAAACUCCUGUUUCUUCAACCCUCCUGUAAUUCUUCAAAAAAAAAAAAACCUUCUGUAAACUAACGCAGCCUUCAACAGUUCAGCCUACCACAUCGGCGUCCAGUCUGCAGGUCUCCAACCCCAACUUUCCAAAACUUCAAGAGUUCUGUUUUUUAGGCAUUGAGAAGCAGUCAUCCAUGGACAUUCAAGAGCCCCAGUUGGAUGCUUUGGGAUCACUAUCCUUGCACUCCUCAUCCUCUAGCCCGUGCAAUUCCGAGUCCCAGAUGAGUUUGGAGGAGAGAUUUGAUCUUGUUAGGAGCAUAGGGGAAGAGUGUAUCCAGGAAGAAGAGUUGAAGAAUCUGUUGGCGAAUAAGCCUCAGCCAAUAUGCUAUGAUGGAUUUGAACCCUCUGGUCGGAUGCACAUUGCUCAGGGGGGAAGAGUGUAUCCAGGAAGAAGAGUUGAAGAAUCUGUUGGCGAAUAAGCCUCAGCCAAUAUGCUAUGAUGGAUUUGAACCCUCUGGUCGGAUGCACAUUGCUCAGGGUGUUAUGAAGACAAUUAACGUUAACAAGUUGGUAUCUUCGGGCUGUAAAGUAAAGAUUUGGAUUGCAGAUUGGUUUGCUCAACUAAACAAUAAAAUGGGCGGGGACUUGAAGAAAAUUCAAGUUGUUGGUCAGUAUUUGAUUGAGAUAUGGAAAGCUGUGGGAAUGAAUCUGGAGAGUAACAAUAUUGAGUUUUUAUGGUCCUCUGAAGAGAUCAAUUCUAGAGCUGAUGAGUACUGGCCACUUGUUAUGGACAUUGCACGGAGAAAUACGCUUCCUAGAAUAGUGAGAUGCUGUCAAAUUAUGGGUCGCUCUGAACAAGAUGAAUUGACUGCUGCCCAAAUAUUGUACCCAUGCAUGCAGUGCGCAGACAUAUUUUUCCUCAAGGCUGAUAUCUGUCAAUUGGGAAUGGACCAGCGAAAAGUGAAUGUGCUUGCAAGAGAAUACUGUGAAGCCAUAAAGAGGAAGAACAAGCCUAUCAUUUUGUCUCAUCACAUGCUGCCUGGCUUGCAGGAGGGUCAAGAGAAGAUGUCCAAAAGUGAUCCAUCAUCUUCCAUUUUCAUGGAAGAUGAAGAGGCAGAUGUGAAUCUCAAAAUAAAGAAGGCUUUUUGCCCACCCAAGGUUGUAGAGAAAAAACCGUGUCUAGAUUACAUCAAGUACAUCAUCUUUCCCUGGUUUAAUGAGUUCAAGGUGGAGCGAAGUCUAGAAAAUGGCGGUAACAAGACCUUCUCAACUUUUGAGGAACUUAUUACUGAUUAUGAAUGUGGUAGCUUGCAUCCUGCUGACCUUAAACCUGCUCUCGCAAUAGCGCUGAACAAGAUCCUGCAGAAUGAUGUCAAGGCAAAGGAACUUCUUAAGAGGGUAAAGAGCUACAGAGUUACCAGGUAAUGGAAAUGGAAACAAGAUAUGCGGCUGCAACCAUUUACUUUAGAGUGAAAAACUAGAAUUUUUUAUUAUUACAGAUUAAAAACGUUUUGCUUGGUUAUUUGUCUUGCAAUUUUGGAUGUUGUUCUAGACUUCUGGAUGUAUGCAAACUGAAAAAGUCCAUCAUACCCAAAUUUAUCUAUGAAGGGUUCACAUUCGAAGCAACAGAAAGAGCGACGUUUUUACUUA